AGCUAGCUUUGUUAUACCGUAGUCAUAGAUAUAUAUACACCGUAGUUAGCAUCUGGGGUAAAAACUAUCGUUUUUAACGGAUAUCUGAAAUGUCUCCUACCUACACGGGUCGUUUUGGCAACACGUUUCACCAUUAACUGUCCACGAGCAAAGACAAAAAAGGUCUACAAAUGUCUUUCUGGGUCUGCUGCAACUCCUGCUUCCUUUCUCCAAGCGCUGACCGCAAACUGGCUGUCACAAGCUGUGGCCAUAUCAUCUGUAGUCUCUGUUAUCAGAAAGGCAAGCAGGGUGAAUGUUUAAUAUGCAGUGCCAAAUGCCAAGUGUUGGCUCUCUCUGACAAAAGCAGCUCUGACGUGAAGGACAUGUUCUCUGACAUCAACCUCGUGGCAAGCAAAUACUUGACAGAAUUCAGCAAAGUUAUAGCUUUCCAGACAAGACAUCAAAAGAGGCUGCUGACAUACUACCAGCAAAGGAAUGACAAGCAAGAGGAGAUAUUAGUGAAGAUGAGGCAAGAAAUGCAGCAGAUGAUGAAAAAGCUGAAUGAACAGAGCGCCUACAUUACUAAGCUGGAAAACUCUCUUCAGCAUCAGAGCGCCAAACCUUCAUCUGGGUCCCAUAUCAGCCACAGCUCCCAUGCAACACAUGGACAUAAACCUGUCCAACAGAUCCCAUAUAACCCCCAUGCUUUCCUCUCGAGACACUCCUCAGCCACUAAUAUCAGUGAAAACAUGAGCGUGGAUGAAAGGAGUCUGCUCAGAAAACCUAACCCUGCCUCCAGAGUGACAUCUUUCAGUCCUUCACAAGACGGACGAAUAAGCAUCAUCCCCCGCACGUUGUCCCACCAGAGUUUGUCAGGCAACCACUCAGCACGCUCAGCCACAAUCAGUCGUUAUCAAGCAUCACCUUUGACCCCAGAUUUAUCGUAUGGCCAUAUUUCUGGAUGGAAGUCCCCCAUGUACAAACCUCCAUCCUCCUUCAGACACCCCACAUCCUCCCUGGCUUGCUCUCCUCAUUAAAGCACACACACAUGAACUGCUUCGCAAGUAUGUUUGUGUGUCGGUUUGUUUGUUAGAUUGACCACCCAGAAUGUACGGG